GCUCAGCAUCGUGCAACAGUAGUCAGAGCCAGUAUACAGUGUGCACUUCUAGUACAGCAACCAGAUGUUUCUGCUGUUUUUUGUGAAGACAAAGAAAAAAAUAUUUCCGGAUCUGUAGGGUGCAUGCAAAGCCUAGUUCAGAAUCGUUAGCGUUUCAACAGUAUCUAUGAUCCGCAUGUCGUAGUCGCAGGCGCAGCAAACCAUCUGCAGCAAGAACAGAUGUCUCUACCUUGAUGUCCUCACAAUCAACCUCUGCAUCAUCUUCAAUAUCUAUGUCCUGUUCUACUAAAACAUUCCAGGUCAGGCUAUCACAUCUAGUUCCAUCGACAAUUACUACGACAUCCAGAAGAGUAAGUACUAGUACCUCUCAUUCUGUAAAAAUACACAUAUUACAAGAUCGGUUGGAAUAGAAACGAAAUUAAUAGAGUUGUUGUCCACCAAGAACAACACCACCACACCACGCCGACAAAAUGAAGUUCCAAUUGAGUGUUUUGUCCUCCACCAGUGCUGCGGUGGCCUAUGCCGCUGUUAUGGCAGCGCCUCCGUCUGAAGAGGGGUUCCUGAGCUCCUCUGGGCCAACGGCUGCGCUACUUGGCGACACGAACAUCCAGGAACAAGAUCUUUCAGGAACAAAUACUGCUGCUACCGUUCAGGAAGAUGAACAAGACCGUGCUGUAGCAGCUGGCGCUGAGGGAGAAAUUGAAGAUCAGGUCUGUCCACCUGCAUCCUUCGACUCCAUCUCGAAGGAAAAAUUGGAAGAGCAAGGUGGUCUUCGGACCUACAUCAGCGAUCGUUGGUUCAUCCAGGAACAAAUGCCAGUGGCCUACCUGGGAGAAGAAAAGAACUUCUGCGUCAGUGCCAACUACACUUUGAAGUUAAGGCUGUUGAAGCUGAUUCAUCUAAUGCUGAUACAUAGGGAUAGGCUGGUUCUAACGCCGUAUUAAGCCGUGCUAGUAGUUUUAAUGCCGUCAUAAGCAGCGACUCAGUUCCAAUGCUGGUAAGCUAGUUCUAUUGCUGAUAAGCAGUGGGUUAGUUCUAGUGUUGCACUAAGCUAGUAAAAAGAAGAAGUUGAUAGAAUAUUUUUAGCUGUUUUCUAAUUGCUCGUUCUGUAGUUGGUGAUUGAAGCUCUUUCUAACGCUCGUUGUGUAGUCUUGUUCCAUCUUCAUGUCAUUUGAUGUCCUCCUCUUCUAUACGUUAUUACUACAUUAUUGACAAGAACGAUGUCUCACAACCGUAAAUUCUCUAUAGACCUACCCUCUAGUUGUACCCUCUAGUUGUACCCGCUAGUUGUAAACCUAAUCUAGUACUCUCCAGCACACGUACUUACUUGAUUCUGAUUGGGCAGAGAACUAGAAGACCUUCUUUCUCCCCUCUAACAACGGAACCGCGUCGUCUCCGUGACCCGUUUUCUUGGUUCAAAUGGGGAUACGAGAUCGGAGUCUCGAACUAUGCUGAAACUGCCGAUCAAACGCCCAGUGGCGGACCACUGUGCGCCAAGUACGUUGAUGAGGACACUGGCAAAUUGAAGGUCGCGCCAUGCUUUCUCCCCCCGAUUGCUGCCGGUGCCUACUGGGUGCUCGAUUACGAUGAAGAGGUGGGCUAUGCUCUCGUCAGCGGUGGACCUCCCAAGGAUAAGAGCAAUGGAAAAUGCAAAACGAAGAAUGCCGUUUUCAACUCUGGCUUGUGGAUCUUCACACGCUGUCCGAAUGCUGAUCAAGAAGUGAUCGACCAAGCUCGCAACAAAGCGGAAGAAUUGGGCUUUGAUUUGAGCGUGCUCAAGCCGGUCCUGCACCACAAAGAGUGCCGCUACGGACUCAACGAGGACGAAUUCAGUGGCUUGCAAGCCCGCUUGAAGCAGCGUCAGUGUGCAGUUGUGACGAAGGAGCUGAAGCCUGCGAGUGAAGGUGAGCAUGAGUCAGGCUCCGAAGCUGGUGCGGCUGUGGAAACCGCUGCUGGUGAGGAUGUAGCAGCAUCUGGUCAGCCGACUGGCGCUGAGAAUUCAGAAGCGCCAGAGGCUGCACCUGUGACGACUACUCCAGUGAAUGAUCAGGAAUAGAAGUGGAACUUGACGUAGGAGGUAGAAAAAGGUUGAAAUGGAAGUGUGUCUAAACAGAUAACACCGUUUUUGUCGUUAGGCGUAAGUCAAAGCAGGUGAUCUGGUAAACACAGCAAAUUAUGAUCGUGACGUGAUUGCAGUUGCCAACAUGUUGAUGAGAGGCUUCGAACUUUGUAGUUACAUAAUAAGGCAAGAAGAUCUCCAUAUUAGAAAGUUGUAGUAAUACAGAUAGCAUGAGUCGUCCUUUGUUUGUUUACGGCUCGGAAAAAGUACAUGAUCAUUCACAUUCAAUCUUCGGGAUUACAGCUACCUAGCUCUACAAAUUUGACAAGCCAGUUCUAGGGAAAAAGUACUAAAUCAGCUUCUGACGUAUAAUACUAGUUUUUUCGAAGUUUUGUGAUGCGAAGCGCUUGCCUUCGUCAUAAAACACGACAUAACACAGAUCAUCCUCACAAAGCCGAUUUGUCACUCUAGGAACUGGGGAGACAAGUAGAAUGAGAAGUUGUCAAUUCCUUGUUGUAGAUAGAAAACUGUCAAUUUUGUAAGUGCGCGUAGAUGUGAGAAGGGUGGACAUAGACAUGGAUCUAGAAGCUAGGAAGAUAGGAGUGUGGAUGUCGUCCUCGUCUUGGCUUGGUUGUCGCAGUCAGGCUAGGUAAGACAUCCUGAAAAUCAUGUGGUCGCUUUUUGCUGCUAAUUUUUCCUUGACAGCAUUUGGCGGAAAAUAUGAAGAUCAAAGACCAUUCAUGCAUGAACGAUGGUGAUUGCUUGAUUACGCGGUCGUGAGCAACAGCACCUUGUUUCAACAUGAAGAACUUUUGGAGGACAGACAUAAUGUUGAGGAUUGUGGACCUACUUUGAACACACACGACGUUGUUGGCAUUGUACCCGGAGAUAGUAGCGGCACUCGACAGAGGAAAUUAACCGGCACAAGCACGCGAGUCCCGCAAACUAUUGCUGCAGGAUGGUUUCACUAUGCAAUGAAGAAGAUCCGAAUUUUUUCUGUUGCUGAAAGGAUUUAGUGAGCAUGGG